UGUCUGUUACUUAUCCCUUCUAGUUUGAUGCUACAGGCACAAAUGCGGGACUUGACUGGUUUCAUUGAAACAAGACAACAACUACUUACACUAAGGCCAAAUCAUCGUAUGAACUGGAUUGGCUUUGCGGUUGCCCAUCAUUUGAAUUCAAAUGGUGCAAAAGCAAUUGAAAUCCUAGGAGCCUACGAAGGGACCCUGGAGGACGGCUAUCCUCCAGACAAUGAACGAUGUGAACAUGGUGAAAUGCUUUUAUAUAAGAUCUCAUUAUUAGAGGAAUAUGGUUUUCUUGAAAGAGCUCUCGAGGAAUUGUACAAGAAAGAAUCUAAAAUUGUUGAUAAACUAGCCUUCAAGGAACAACAGGUUUCUUUGUUAGUGAAGCUGGGUCGUCUAGGGGAAGGAGAGAAAGUCUAUACAGCUUUACUCACUAUGAAUCCUGACAAUUACAGGUAUUAUGAAGGCCUGCAAGAAUGCCUGGGGUUUUGCUCAGAAAACAACCAGUAUUCAUCAGAUAAUAUAGAACAAUUGGAGGCGUUGUAUAAAUCACUAGGGCAGCAAUACACUUGGUCAUCUGCUGUUAAGAGAAUACCACUUGAUUUUCUAGAAGGUGAAAAAUUCCGAGAGGCAGCAGAUAACUAUAUUAGGCCUCUCUUAUCCAAGGGAGUUCCUUCAUUGUUCUCUGAUCUCAGUCCUUUAUAUGAUCACCCUGGCAAGGCAGAUAUUUUAGAGAAAUUGAUUCUUGAGUUGGAAGAUUCAAUUAGAACACCUGGAGCAUAUCCAGGGAGGCAACUGGAAGAGCCUCCUUCAACACUUAUGUGGACUUUAUUUUUAUUAGCUCAGCAUUAUGACCGAUGUGGUCAAUAUGAUAUUGCUCUCACUAAAAUUGAUGAGGCCAUCAAUCAUACACCAACUGUGAUUGAUCUCUACUCAGUCAAGGGCAGGAUAUUGAAGCAUGCAGGUGACUUGCCUGCUGCUGCUGCUUUGGCAGAUGAAGCAAGAUGUAUGGAUCUUGCGGAUCGCUAUAUAAAUAGUGAAUGUGUUAAGCGUAUGCUACAGGCUGAUCAGGUUGGCUUAGCAGAGAAAACAGCUGUAUUGUUCACAAAGGAUGGAGAUCAACACAAUAACCUUUAUGAUAUGCAGUGCAUAUGGUAUGAACUAGCUUCUGGUGAAAGUUACUAUCGUCAAGAUGAUCUUGGUCGGGCUUUGAAAAAAUUCUUGGCUGUAGAGAAGCAUUACACUGAUAUGACUGAAGACCAGUUCGACUUCCAUACUUAUUCCUUAAGGAAAAUGACUCUGCGUGCAUAUGUGGAAAUGCUGAAGUUUCAGGAUCGGUUGCAUUCACAUGCAUAUUUUCAUAAAGCUGCAGUCGGGACUAUCAGAUGCUAUAUAAAGUUGUAUGAUUCUCCUCCAAAAUCAGCAACUGAAGAAGAUGAUGAAAUGUCAAAGUUGCUUCCUUCUCAGAAAAAGAAGAUGAGACAAAAGCAGAGAAAAGCAGAAGCUCGCGCAAAGAAAGAGGCUGAAGAGAAGAAUGAAGAGGAAUCAAAUGCAGCUGGUGUCUCUAAGACUGGAAAGCGGCAACAUGCCAAACCAGCAGAUCCUGAUCCCAAUGGGGAGAAGUUGUUGCAGGUUGAAGAUCCAUUAUCAGAAGCUACAAAAUACUUGAAGCUACUUCAGAAGCAUUCAUCGGAGUCCUUGGAGACACACUCGUUUUCUUUUGAAGUGAACAUGAGGAAGCAGAAGAUUUUGCUUGCUUUUCAGGCUGUAAAGCAACUUCUUAGGUUGGAUGCAGAUAAUCCAGAUUCACAUCGAUGCUUGAUAAGAUUCUUCCAUAAAGUGGGAUCAAUGGCAGCUCCAGCAUCUGAUUCAGAGAAACUUAUUUGCAGUGUCUUAGUAGCAGAGCGUCCAGAUUUGAGUCAAUUGCAUGGGAAAUCUCUGAUCGAAGCAAAUAGCCAUUUCUUAGAGAAACACAAAGAUUCAUUGAUGCAUAGAGCAGCAUCAGCAGAAGUACUUUAUGUCAUGGAACCUGAAAAGAAGUCUGAGGCUGUCAAAAUUAUUGAAGAUUCAACCAACAAUCUCAUGUUGAUAAAUGGAGCAUUGGGACCUGUCAAGGAAUGGAAGCUCAGAGACUGUAUUUCAGUUCACAAACUACUUGGAACAGUCUUGUUCGACCCUGAUGCUGCAUCAAGGUGGAAAGCACGAUGUGCUGAGUACUUCCCUCUCUCGACAUACUUUGAAGGCCUUUAUAGUUCAGCCAUUGCAAAAUAUGCUUUAGAAAAGAUGUCUAAGGCGCCUCAAAAUGGGGUCCCAAGCCAUCAGGAAGUUUUUCGGAGUCGUCUAACUCAUUCUUCAAAUGGAAAAUUAGAGGCUUUCAAGGACCUUACCGUUUAAACUCAAGUCUGCUGCUUACCCAUCUGCGAGAGUCAGACUAAAAAAGUAUACCAAGAGAGUUACAAGAUUUGCAACCAUGCCAGGCUUGGGGACAUGAAAAAAGUUUACCUAAAUACUAUGAAAGGAGAGGAGGCAGCUCAAGCCUUUUAAAAAUUGUUCCAUGAGGUUUUUUUGAGCAAAUUUGCGGUGAGCAAUUGAUUUGCAUUGAAACUCGGUUUCCUUUUUGUUUCUCUACAUGACCUUUCUUCUGCCUGGUUGCAGGAUGGAUUCUGUUAGAAAUGUGUAUAUUUAGUUCAUUGUAUUGAGAGAGCUGUUGAAUC